UGUAAACAAUUUUAUAUGACAUUGAGCUCUUUUGUAAAUAAUAUGCCAUAUGAAAUUCUAUAUGCAAAUAAGAAUUUAUUUUAAUAACAUUAAAUGAUUAAGUAUUUGAAGAGCAUUCUGUUGACUUCACCAGUGUUUGAUCAUCUUGCAUCUUGCAGCUUUCAAACAACAAUAGGUAAUAUGCACUGUUAGACUUAACACACCGUUCUGAGUGUCCCUGCCUUUUGAUAGAGUUUUAUGCUGGUAUAAUCAUGAACUUACUACAGAAUUUACUUUAUCAUAUGUUCAACUUGCUAUAUUCCAGCCUAUGUUCUAAGAAGGAUUAAAAAAGAUUUUUUGUAGUAGAUACAAUGGAAGCACUAUAGUUCAGCAAUAUCUUCUGGUUACUAACAGAGUUCAAGGAGACUGAAUUUUAAGUUUACCUGGGAAAACUGUCCCAGGUAUUUUUUCUUGAUUUGGAAAUUCAGUCUUUAGUUUGUGAUACAGAAGUAUAUCUUCUGAAAGAGAAAGAAAAAGAAUUUCGCUAAUUCACAGGUGGUUUUUUUCCUCUCCCUAGGAGGAAUGUAUGUGGGAGGAAGAGUUGUCAUAAAAUCAGAGGUACAGUUCACAAAACAAUGCCCUUUGGAAUAUCUAGGAAAAUGAAAGGCACAACCAAGUACACAAAUCAACACUUUUACUCUGGUUUCAAGUGUUAGUGUCAGCCUCUCAACUUCACUUAUGUUGUCUAAACACUCCAAUCUGACAUGUAUUGAUGCAUAUAUGCGUCUAUACACAACCACUUGACAAAUGUUCUCACAACCUUGUUUGCUGCUAGUCUCAGAUUGGAGUGGAUGCAUUAGCCAUAGGUAGAGUAAUACCUGCCUCAGCAGCAGCCUUGCCUUUCCUUCUUAAGUGGCAAAAGAUGACUUUUGUAGUUGGUUACUUGCAGAUCUGCUGGAAAUAAGCAAUUUGUUGCUCUGUUAGAACUUUCAACUGUCAUUUCAUAACUUCUUAAAAAAGUUUGGCACAGAUUUCUGAAUAAUAUCACUGGGUUUUGUUGUCUGCAUGAAUCCAUCUGAGAGCUUGUUCAGAUAAAACUACAGUAGUUCUGUUCUCUGUAGGCUCAUAAGUAAGGCUACUCCAGCAGGGGUUGCUGCUUGAAUGCUUUUCCUAGUAACAGUAGACCAAGAAAAUGGAAAUUUCUACAAAUCUGGGUAGAUUGGGGUUUCUUGUUUAAUAGGAUAUUAAGUGGCCUUGCAGAUGACAGAUGAGUGACUGUGGUGGGUCAGACUGAUAAGUGUAGCCCAGUAUUGUGUCUCCAACAGAGGCCAAAAGUGGGUGCUUAGAGGGGAAUAUAAGAACAAGACAUGUAGUAUUUCUCCUUUGAGUGCUUUUUGAGCCUCCGUAUCCAUACUGCCCAGACUUUUUGAACAACAAUUGUACUUCAUUGUAGAUACUCUCUGCUAGGCCAAAUAACAACAUACUCAGUAAAUGCCAAAGAUAUUUUAUCAUGAAAACAAGGUAUUUCUUUAGGAAUUGUUAAGGAAUGCCAUAUUUUUGAGAUUUUGUUCUUUAAAAAAAUGAAUAUUCUAAAUUGGAACGAGUAACUAGAGUAAUUUAGAGAGCCACCAUUUGCUUGAUGAAUUUCCCAAACCCUCAACAUGAAGGGUCUCCUUAACAGGACAGAUUGUGUUGGGAGACAGGUAAAAUAAGCUGCUUUGUGUAUCAGGAAGUUCAGGAAGUCUUGUGCUAGCUGCAAGAGACAUCAUCUAACUGAUAGCCUGAAGAAACAACGGAAUUUUUUCUGACCUCCUUAUUUGUACUUAAUUUGUACCUUUUGGAAAAACUCUGAUUCUGUUUUAGAUGUUUCUCUGGGCCAUCUCUUGUUAUUACAAUUAUUAUCUCUAGCUUAGGGAAAUUUGAGGGUAGUCUUUGAAGCAUAGGGAAAGUAAUGUGCUGUAGGACAUCUGAACUUCUCAUCCCUGACAGCAAGAACAUACUGUGUUAGUAUUUCUAAGUGUCAUCAGCUCUCAACAGAUCUGCUUGAGAAAUACUUCUGUCUGGAUCUGAUUUAUGAACUUGAAAAGGUACUUGGUUAAGAACUAUACUAUCAGGGGGUUUUUUUGGGUUUUUUUGUUUGUUUGUUUUUGUUUUUGUUUUUUUCUUUCUGGAAGGAAAGACAAGAGAAAACUAUUUACGAUUCUCAUCCUAGACUCAAAUUCACACCUAACUCAUCCUCUCUCUCCUCAAUCUGCUAAAAUCACAGGCUUGAAAUGAAAGGUGCUUUGUAUAAAUAAAACUUAUAGCACAAAUUAAAAUAGGAGGGAAGAGCUCAAUCUUGUUUAAGUACUGACUAUGUGUUAGAGAGGUUUAACAAGAUCACAAGCAGAGAUCAUUGGGUCUUUGUUCUAGUAGCCAGAGGAUCAGUCUCAACUGUGAGACACUAUCUAGACACAGGUAAACGUCAGAACAUGUCCAGAUUUGGUAAUUUUACCAAAGUGCUCUAAUAACGUAAUACAUAUUUAAACUAUUCAAACAUUUCCUUCUUUCUUCUGUCUCUGACACUGAGCAGCUCCCACCCACUUGACGUUAUAGACCAAGUGAUUCAGAUCUAUUGGCUCCUGGUUGUGGAAAAAUCUGCCUUGAGGUCAGUUGUGGUUCAUACCACAAGCAGCCAUCCUUUCUUCACUCUGCCUAACUUCAUCCUGCUUUUUUAAAUGGACACAAUGUCCUUACUUUCAGCUGCAUUUGAUUAAGGGUCUGCAUAGAGUCAUAUGCAAAGUAUAAGGACCUUGAGCUCUCUGUACAUGCAGGAGCCUGUCUGUGAAACCUGGCCGCUGCUGGGUCCAAGUAGAAAGCAAAGGAGGUGGCUGUGACUCAAAAGCCAGAACUGGGAAUACUGAGAGAGAGCUUAGAGUCCAUUGCUGCCACACUGAUGGUAAUCCUCACAUGCUGGAAAGCAGCAAAUUGUAAUAGCCCAGAAAAUGCUUAAGACAUGUCAGAACUUCUGAGUUCUGCUGUGUCCUUGAACAUCUUUCCUGAAACUGGAGGAGGUUUUUUUCCUGCCCCCCCAUUUCCUGUACACAGCAGUCAGACUUUAGUAAUUGCAACUUUUCUUUUCUGAUUUACAAGCCCACAUGAGGCCUUUUAGAUUCAUUAUGCAUGAACCAGUGUGUAUCUGGGGAUGAAUAAUGUUCCAUCUUACUUUCUUUUUUCCCUUGCAUUGAGCAGUUUUGUUUUUUAAUAGGAAUGCCUUUUUCCUUUUGAGAACUUUCAGAAAUAUGUUCCUUUAAGAACCUCCUACAUGGUAUGUAUUUGCAAUUUGUAAACACAGUAUGUCAAAGAAAGAUUUGAUUCAGUGGUGAGGCAUCCAGAUAUUUGCAUGUCAUGAGGUCUGAGGGAAACAAACUGACCCUCAGCCUUCCCCCAUCCAGGCAAAUUCUGAUGGGACCCUCAAAUAGCUCUGGCAAAGUGUUCUGUUUCUUUUGGACUUGAUGAAUGCUUGUUUCUGUGAAGACGUGUAAUUAUUUCUUCCUUUAUUUUGCUGUGCAAGUCACCAAGAGAAGCAGCUUAAAACUAAAUAACAACCCAACAUUAAGAAAUCAAGUGCACUGCAAAUGACCAGGAAAUGCCUGGCUAACCUCUACAGAGCACGUGGAGGGCCCCAGCAGGAUGACUAGCAGCCACACAGACUGUCAUUUCUGCCUGCAGUCUCUCCGUGGCAGGAAAUAUGCACUAAGAGAAGAAAACGCUUACUGUGUUCCGUGUUAUGACAGCCUGUACGCCAACCCCUGCGAAGAGUGCAAGCAACCCAUCGAGUGCAACUCCAAGGAUCUGGCCUACAAAGGCCGCCACUGGCAUGAGGGAUGCUUCAGGUGUGCCAAGUGCAGCCACUCACUUGUGGAGAAACCAUUUGCUGCCAAGAAUGAGAUCUUGCUGUGUACUGAGUGCUACUCGGAUGAGUACUCAUCCAAGUGUUUUCACUGCCAGAAGACCAUUAUGCCAGGUUCACGUAAAAUGGAAUUUAAGGGAAGUUCCUGGCAUGAAUCCUGUUUUGUUUGCCAGUAUUGCCGGCAACCAUUGGGAACAAAACCAUUAAUCACCAAAGACAAUGAGAAUUACUGUGUGCCCUGUUUUGAGAAGCAAUUUGCUCACCAUUGCUACGCUUGCAAAAAGGUUAUAACUUCUGGAGGAGUCACCUACGAUGACCAGCCUUGGCAUAAAGAAUGCUUUGUGUGUGCUGUGUGUAAAACUCAGCUGUCUAGCCAAAGAUUUAUUUCCAAAGAUGAGAACCCAUACUGUGUAGACUGUUUCAGCAAAUUUUGUGCUAAGAAGUGUGCUGCUUGCAAGAAACCCAUUACAGCUCUUGGAGGUGCCAAAUACAUCUCAUUUGAGGAGCGUCAGUGGCACGGGGAAUGCUUUUCCUGUUCGAAAUGCUUUGUCUCCCUGGUGGGCCAGGAAUUCCUCACUCGGCAGGAUGACAUCCUUUGCCACAAAUGUGGCUCUGCCUCAUAGUUCUGUGGAAAGCUGUACAGCUGCAUUUUUCUCACUCUGUAACAAUGCAGUUCAUCAGUCUGCUGUAGAAAAGCAGAUUAAAGUUACUACAGUUAUUUAGUCAUUCAAGUAACUUCCCAACAGCAGCUUAACUCUGUCAUAGUUUCUCAACUGCUUAUAAACGAAAAUCAAACAACUGCUCCAUACUGGUUAACAAAAUUAAAAUGCAGAAAAUAUUUUUAUGUAUUUUAAGCCUAACUCCAGUAUGUUUUGCUUGUAACACACUGCACUCUGCUGUUAGAAGCUAAAACAUUUAUCUUUUAUUACAUCUGCACCAGGGAGGAUUGUGAGAAGUCUGUUUGGCAUAUGAAUAAUGAUGAGGCAUUAGCACUGAUUCACAGAUGCAGAUUUUGACAUGGAUAUCUGGGCACAAGCCUUUUUCGAUUGGAUCCCAACAUUGAAGAGAGCCCCUUGUAAAUAUUAUAUUCUUCCAUACUUUGUGCAAAAAAGAUGCUGACAAAGCAGGCAGAAAUUGUGAGUAGGAGAUGCUUUCACACUGAGGAACACAGAGCCAGAGAGGCCAGUUCCAAGGGCCAGUUCAAUGAAAUAAAAGGUCAUUUUCCUUCCUUUACUGGGAUUACUACCCAAAGAAGACACCCAGAACACUACAGCACAGGUCCUUUCCCAAAACUGGGUCACUGUUGUUAAUUUUUUAGGCCUAACUGCUCUAGAACUUAAAUAAACCCAUAUUUUCAGAUGCUACAAGAGGUAAGGAUUGCCCAAGAUUGAAUAGUGCUGAUGUACACUUUCCCAUAACUAUUAUGUCUUAAGACUCUGUUUCCACUGUCUUUGCUAUACCUUCAAAUACAGGCCUAAAGUAUGGUUUUUAUUAUUAGUUGACACAAGAACCAACUCAUACUGGUCCCUUUUACCUUGUGCUUUCCUUCAUUCAAAACCGCUUUGCCAGCAUUUGAAGCCUUGUUAAAGAUUAAGAUUACCUGCUUGGUCUUUGAUUCACAGUUCAUUCCUCUGCUUGUAAAUUCCUGCAUGUGGACAGCAGGCUAUAAACUCUCCGGCACCAAUUCCUGACUCAUUUCACCAUUAGCCACAUGUGUUUUUUAACAAUAUGUCAAGAAUUAGUAAUUGUCACUGCCAGCCAGGCUGCUCUUGCUUGCAGAACAGGGUCUUGGUUUCUGGGUAGCCAGCCUCUGUAUCUGCUUGCUGACCUCCAGCACUCUAAUGUCUAUUAAAGGUCAUCUAGACUAGAGUUACAAACAUCUCUCUUCUUUCUUCUACACCAAUGCGUGUUACAGGGGCCUGAUUUGUGUACUGGGCCAUUGUGGAUGGAGCAGUGAUGUUAGGAAGGGCAGGUUCUGCACUGUCCAGCAGAGUUUGAGCCCUCAUCUCCCAGUCUUUAAGUCAUCCUUCUUUAGACUCUGACCUUGAGUGAGUAGAGGUGUUUGGCUGACUUGAGUGGCCUUUAUUCAUAUUGAAGACAGCCAUUACUUUAGGUAGAAAAGUGAAAAAACAAGGAAUAUUUGUGCAUGGCUAAACCAGAGCCAAAGUGCAGUGGCAUAAAAUCAAUACGGAUAAUGACUGACCAAUGAGUACAUAGCAGUCUGUCAAUAAAAUAUUGAACUUUUGUUCUAUGUGGUGUUAAUUUUUGGUUUUCAUUUUCUUCUUUCAUGGCAGCAUUUAUUGCAGUCUCGAGUUUGAUUAGUUUAUGUUUUUCGUUUUAUCCCAGCUGCUUCCUUUUUUAUUUACAAAUCUCCCACGGCUGACACAGGUUCUUGGUAAGGCUUAGAUUCCCAUAAAUAGAAAUAUGUUUCAUUGCCUUAUACGUAUAAAUAAAUAUAUAUGUAUGUAUUCAAACACAUAGACAUAGUGGUACACAGUUAUGUAUGAUGAAGUAAAAAAUUGCACUAAGCUGUCAGAAGUUAGUAAAUGUUAAUGGUCUUAAAUUUUUAAAUUAAAAUGAUGGAUCACCAUAUUCAGGCUUGUCUGUGGAGUGUACCUUUUGUUUGUUUGUGUGAAAUAACAUUUAAUACAUCUUAAGAAUGUGGUUUGGGCCCUUUAUUCUGUCUCCUCUGAAGAAUCCUACAUCUUAAUUACAAACUGAAGCAGGAAUUACCAGGCAGCCUCCUAAGAC